AUGAAAGGAACUGGUCGAGGACGUGGACGAGGUAAAGGUAAUAGUGGAAGAGAUGGUGCAGGAGGUGGACGUGGAAAUUUUCGAGAACGUGAAUGUUUUGUAUCUCGCAUCAAUCGAAAGAGAGGAAGAGGGAAAUAUAAAUCUAAAACUGUUGAUAUUAAAACUAAGUGUGGAGGAAAGAUCAAAGUAAUCAUUCCAGAUGAUAUUGAUAGAGCUGUGGGUUCUAGGGCUAGAGAUAUUGUUAAUUACGCAGGCUUGAUCAUGAGGAACAGUAUCUCAUUUCAAGAUGGAAAUUGGCAGAAUAUUGUUUCAAAACAUGGAGAAACAAUGUGGUAUAAGGUCAAGGACAAAUUUGAAGUUUCUGGUGGGCUGCGAGCACAUAAGUUACAAGGCUUUGUGAUAAGCACUAUGCAAAGACUCUUUAGAGCUUGGAAAGCUCGAUUACAUAAUCACUAUUGUGCCUAUAGUACGGAUGAAGACAGAUUGUCUAAUCGUCCUGAGGAUGUUGAGUUGGAGGACUGGAAAUACCUAGUUAAGUAUUUUGGCAGUGAGAAAUUCAAGGUUAUCAGUGAAAGAAACAAAAACAAUAGAGAAAAACAAAUAACUAAGCAUUCUUGUGGUACAAGAUCAUUUGCAGAAGUAGAGGAAUCUACGAGAGAUCCAAUAUCAGGAGAAUUAGACUCACCAGAUAAAGUCUGGGAGAUCCAACACACACGUAAAAGUGCUAGCGGAGAACGUGUAUGGUUGGAUCCACAAUCCCAACAGAUUCAUAGCCAGCUCAAACAACUUGUUGUUCAACAAGAAUCAGAAGAGAUCGAAACUCCCAUGACUAGGGAUGCGAUUUUAUCCUCAGUUCUCGGUGAGAGAUCAGGCUAUGUUCGUGGAAAAGGAUAUGGGAAAAAGCCUCCUAAAAAAGCUCAAAUACAACAGGCAGACAUAGAGGCUAGUGUUUCUUCAGCAAUGGAAAGUAUGCGUCAAGAGAUGCAAGUUGAUAUGGAACGAAAGCUACAAGAAGAACGUGAACACAUGGCGGCAGAUUUAAAAAGGAGUAUGGAAGAAGAUCUGCAAAAAAAAUUGGAAGAGGAGCGUGAACACAUGAAAGGUGAAGUUGACAAAAUGUUCCAAGAACAAUUGGCCGCUAUCAUGACUAGGGUGCAACAAUUGUUGCAAGCAGUGAACUAUUGUUUAUGCACCUGUGGACUAUUGUUGUCGUGUUGCAAGCAGUGA